AAUUCAUUUUCGACACAGCGAUGGCGACAUUCAGAAGUGAAUUCAACAGCGUGCCGAACACUUACAACCAGCGCCUGACGGCAUUGAAGAAAAAGCUGACCACGUGUUUUCAGCAGUGGCGACAGCAGCUGCUCAAACUUCACCAACAGCAGCAGCAGCCCAAGCAACAGCAACAGCAACAGCAACAUCAAUCCCAACACCAACACCAACAGCAACAGCAGAAGCAGAAGCAACGUGGCAGUGAACAUUUCUACAACAUUUUUGUGCGCGCGGACUGCUCUAUUUUGAGCGAAAAAGUUACCUAUUUGCGCAAGUUCAAGAGGAUUUUCACAGCGCGCCAGAAUUUGGCGAGUGCUCGGACAGCAGCAACAGCGGCAUCAGCCAAACAGCCAGUGCUUGGCAGGUGCAUUGGCCAGGAGGAGCAGCAACUGCAAAUAGUGGCAAGCCUCUUCUCAUCAACAUUGAUAUCGAAGCACAGCUCCAGUGCAAGUAUCACCAGCUCCAGCAUGACCAUCAUGGACAACACCUAUAUUGGGGUGCGCGACGAGUACCCCGAUAUUGAUACUGAAAUACGCUCCAUACUGCUGGCUAAUGCCCAGAAUGGUAUCACGAUAUCGAGCAUCAAAAAGGAAUAUCGACAAUUGACGGGCACGGCAUUUCCGCUGCACGACAACAUCACGGACUUUCUGCUUACCAUACCGCAUGUCACGGCAGAGUGCUGCGAGUCUGGGAAGCGCAUCUUUAACAUCAAGCCCACCGAGCAUACCCGCCAUCUGCACGAGAUGAUACUGCAGCAGCGACAACGCGACAGUGUGAGCAACCCAAUCCAAGCACAGGAGCCGCCACGCUUGUGGCGCGCCCAGUACAAGCGGCGAAUCCCACAGCACUUCAACUUCAAUCUAAAUACAAGUGAGAAGCCUCCAGCCGUCAAGAUAUCCAAACUGCAGCCCCUGGCCACGGCUGCAGCGAUGUCUAACGAUGUCUAUCAGGACAACUGGAAACAUCUCAACAAUCAGUAUCAGCUCCCUCAGCUCAAUGCUGCCAAGAAUAACAUCCACUCCAUCGCUUCGAAUCCUGCACAGUUACAGGCAGCACUGCCGGCAGAGCAUCAUCCAUCCAAACACGUGGAGGAAUAUGCGCACAAGCGGCGUCAUGAAUAUACGCCCACGCCAACAACGUUGUCGUGUCCAUCAACGCAACAUGACUCCAUGUUCACCAUCAACUCGGACUAUGAUGCAUAUCUAUUGGAUUUUCCACUGCUGGGCGAUGACUUCUUCUUGUAUUUGGCGCGCAUGGAGCUGAAAUGCCGCUUCAAGAAGUUCGAAAAGGUGCUGCAGUCUGGUCUGUGCAUCUCUGGACAAACCAUAAAUGCUGCACGGCAACGGUUGCGCCUGGUGGAGCUGCCAGAGAUGACACAAAUUAUUGUUAACAUCGGCUCCGAGGACAUAAUGCGCGGCAGGUCGUUGGUGCAGAUCGAGCACGAUUUCCGUCUGCUAGUGAAGGAGAUGCACAACCGUAGAUUUGUGCCAGUGCUGACCACCUUGGCACCGCUGGCCAACUGUCGCCACGACAAGCAGACAUGCGACAAGGUGUCCCGAUUCAACAAGUUUAUACGCAGCGAGGGGCGACAUCUGAAAGUGAUUGAUAUACACUCAUGUCUGAUCAAUGAGAAUGGCAUCGUUCGAUUCGAUUGCUUCCAGAACGGGCCACGUAGUGUGACGGGCUCAUCUGAGCCGUAUGUAUUCUGGAACAAAAUCGGACGGCAGCGUGUGCUGCACAUGAUUGAAGAAAACUUGGAGUAUUAUUAGAGCUGAGCUGGACUGGAGGAGGAGUGGUGCCGGUCUGGCACCAGGCACACGUUUUACAACUAUUUCAAAAUUGACGGCACGCUGUUUGCUCUAAUUUUUGUUUUUAAGCCAAAAAUUGAAUUUGGAAUGUUAAUUUUUAAUAUGUUUUAUGUGCGUUUCGUUCUGUGUUAGUCUUUAGUCCGUAAUUCUAUGUGAUAAAUAUGUUACAUGUUUGUAUGUUCUAUGUGUUCUUUGUGAUUCCCCUACUCUAUCUAUCGCUUUCUAUUGUAAAGUACAUUUUGUUAUAUCUCGAAUUUUGACCAAUUGUUUUUGCUGCUAUCCCAAAAGCAUUGGCCAAAAUUCGUAAUAUAACAAAAACAUUUUUUUUUGUAUUUUUCUCAAAUAUUUUUUCCUAGCAUUUUUCCAAGUGUUGCACGCACAGAGCUCAAUGGAAAUUGCUAUAGACUGUGUCCCAACUCUCUGUUUCUUAUGCCAGCUUUGCCCAUGCUCAUGUAUAAGAACUGAUCUACUCUGUGCAUCAGCGAAUAUAUACAUCUGAGCCAUGUGCCAAGUUGGUGUCAUGAAAAUGCAUUUGCUUCACUUAUAGCCUGGCUUGCACAAAAUCAAUACCGCGGUUGAUUUUAUAAAUGUGUUUAGGUCAAUUUUAAGUGAAACAAUUGCCUUAUUUUCGUGUUUUCGUCUUGAAAGUUUAUUUAAAUUUGUACACUGUAUAUUUAGCACGUUCAUAAGUGUGCGCGCUGAGGCGGCGUGUUUUCUUACAGUGUACUUUCCUA